GUUUCCCCCGCUCCCCCCUUUCCCCCCCGCUGCCCUGUGUAUCUCUCCUCCCGCUGUCAGGUGACUUUUUAGCGUUAGAAGCUAAUGAGCGUGGAUGCUCUGGGGAUCCCGGUGAUGGACCCUGCUGCUCUCUCCAGGCGGAACACGGCGCUCAGAUUAGUAGACUUGGCGGGGGCUCCUCGCCACCAGCAGCACCCCCCUCAGAGCAUGACAGGCUUCCCGGUCGUCGCCGGGCACCCUCACACCACGGCGCCCAGGCCGCCGGGGGAACACGCCGCCGAGUCCCGCCUCAGGCCGCAGCAGCUCCGGCCAGAACACAUGGGGCACCGCCACCAUCCUCCUCCUCAUCCUCCUCCUCAGCAUCACCCCGCGGCCCUUAAGAUCAGCCCUGCCCCUCAUCCCCACCACCAGCUCCUCCACCACCACCACCAUCAUCAUCAUCAUCAUCAUCAUCAUCAUAUGGCAGGCCAAGCCGAGGUGGUCUCUAGUCACACGGCAGCGUUUGGCCCGGCGCAGUCACCAGCAGCCCCUUACCCCGUGUCUCACCCAGCCCAGGCUCUGGCAGCAGGUAGCUACCCCGGACACCAUGGUCACCAGCACCACCACUCAGAAGCUGGGAAUCCCUCUCUGUUCACUGGACUCCAUGAACAGCCUCCCCAUGCAGCUCCAGGUGGCCAUCUAAACGGACAGCUCAGACUGGGGUUACCUGGAGAAAUGUACGCCAGGUCUGAACAUUUCACUCAAGUACCAGCCUCCAGGACAGAUCAUUUUGCUGCUUCUUCGCUUCAUAACUACGGUGGUAUGAAUCUGAACGUGAACCUGGCUCCACACCACGGCCCGGGUGCCUUCUUUCGUUACAUGAGGCAGCCCAUCAAACAGGAACUCAUCUGUAAGUGGAUUGAGCCCGAGCAAUUGUCAAACCCCAAAAAGUCCUGCAACAAAACUUUCAGCACGAUGCACGAGCUGGUGACUCAUGUCACGGUGGAGCACGUUGGAGGACCCGAGCAGUCCAAUCACAUAUGUUUCUGGGAAGAGUGUCCAAGAGAAGGGAAACCUUUCAAGGCCAAAUAUAAACUUGUAAAUCACAUCAGAGUCCACACAGGUGAAAAACCUUUCCCCUGCCCUUUCCCAGGCUGUGGCAAAGUGUUUGCCAGAUCAGAGAAUCUCAAAAUACACAAAAGAACUCAUACAGAUGUCUACCCCGUUGCUCUCAAGGUAAUCUAGACAGAAGCAGCUGAAAGCCUGAAUCUUAUGCCUUAGACAUCAAAGCAAGCUCGCACAAAGAAGUAUUUCUUCACAACGGUGAAUCUUCAUGGUAAGUUAGGAUUUCUAUGGCAAUAGGCAAGUCAUACUUAAAUAGUGAAAGGCGAAGUCUGGAGCCCGUCCAGUCUUUUCAUUAAGGACAUAAUAUUUACGUCUAACAGGCCCUUUUUCUUGUGUAUACAAGUAUAUAUUUUUGUUUGACGCGAACUAAAUCAUUUUCAUUUAAUUUCCGGUAAACAAAACCCACGCGAACAGGGCACUUGUUCCAGACCAUAAUAAAAAUGGAUAAGACUGUCAGGAAGAAAAGGCCCGCUUGAACCGUCGCCUCAGCUCACUUUUGUUUCUGCUUUCUGCCAGGAUCAGAGAAUGCAUUUGGGAUUUGAGGGCGAGUUUCUAAAGGCAAGGAAAUGGUUUUUAAGGGGGGAAAGAAAAGGAGAAAGGUCUAAUCAAGCUCGGGUUGUUCAAAGGGCCUGAUUUUGGGGUUGAAAGUGUGAGUUUUAUGGUGCAUCAGCAUGCCACGUUAGGAUCGCUAUGGUAAUGAGGAGAGCAAUAGCAAGCGGCCUUCAAAGGAGGCACACUCCAUUUGAGACAGUCUAUUAAGAUACAUUUGCACUGACCUUUGGUUUCAUGCUAGCUUAAUACACUCAAUCUGCUCCCCGCUAGAGAUAGACUUCCUCCACCUAAUGCACUUCGGCGGAGCUGGGUUUUGCUGGGCUUCGCCCUCCCCCCGAGGCCAGCUCCGUUCCGACGCUGUAGCCCCGGUCUCCUUGUCCCCAAAGUAAGGGACUGCCAGCCCCCCAAGCCCGGCGGGAGCUCCCGCCCGCUUCCCCAGCCUUUCUGACCAGCUUCUAGCAGAAAAACUGGCCACAAAGCCUGAGGAUUGCUUCCCUUCAUCUCUAUCAAACGUGGCAGAGGAAGAUAGGAUGGAGACUGGCAGAUCCCCCUCCUCGGGCUGCCUCUGUCUCAGCGAGUAGGUUUCCGAUGGAAGAGCCCCAGGAGCUGGGAAGCGGGGUGAGCUCCGAGGGGAGACGGCCGUACCCCCUUCUCACCCGGCCCGGUCCCGCUGUCCCUGCGAGAGGAGGCUCCGUGGUGCGGGGAACUUGACACCCGCAUGGCCGGGGCCAUGGGCGCUGGGCCAUGGGCCCGGGAAAGUUAGAAGUCCAUGUUCCAGUAAUUGUCUUGUUGUUUAUUUUAUCCAAGUACCCUAGUGAAUAGGGGAAAAAUAAACACGGGGAAAAAAAAUUCAAACAGUUGAGUCGUCUUUAGUGCCAGCCCUUGUGGUUGAAUAAAAAGGAUGGUCCAAUUUCUAUUGAGCUGAGAAAUCUUUGAAGUGGGAGUUAUUAUCUGAGAAAUUCCUGCUCGUCGUCCUAACAACGCUGAUGAAACGUAAAAGGUUCUUUGUCAGCGAUUUGUUCUCCUCUCUGUCAAACUCACCCUGCCCGUUAGCUUUAAACCGUUUCUAAAGAGAUAAAAUCAAACUUUUAAAGAUAACUUUAGGGGCCCAGAGGGUGCAGAAAAUACCAAACUAUCGAAUCCUGUGUAUAGACAUACAUCUGGAUAUAUGUGGCCGUGUCUGCGUGAAACUCUGACUGUGUACAGAUGUCCAUGGAUGUCUGUAUGACCUUGCAGUUCGAAAGUUGAAAUUAUGUCCAUUGUUUUUGCAUUUCAUUCUCCAAACUUUUCCGUCUAAUAAAUUAUUCCUACACACAUUCUGCAUGGAAUGCGAUUCUUGGGCGAAGGCAGAAACGUUGGGUUUCAUUAACACCACUUUGUGACCAACAAAAGUUUUCUCUCCAGUAGAGUGAGAGCAAGAGUGUAGACAUAGAGUAAAUUCUUUGAUCAUUUAACAGUCCGAAUACCUAUCACGCAUGUAUAUACUGCAAUGUAUCGAAGUUGUUAACGCAUUCAAAGUGAUGGCUUCCAUAUGCUCUCAUGUUUUAUUGUCUGUACGUGUAAGGAUAGUCAAACUGCAUCCCUUUUGUAUCUUCAUUUUAUAAACAUCAUGGUGUUGUACUGAAAUGAUUCCCUGAUCAAGUUUUAUUUAGUAGUUUCUCAUUUGAUAUCAUGCAGUGCCCUGUUCGGAAUAUGAAUUCCUUGAAGCUGUAACUCAUCAGUGUACUUCUGUUUUAGUUGUUAAAGAAUUAUCUGAGCCCAAUCCUGCCAUUCUAAGCCAAACCAUUCAUUUAAUGGGACCUUUUCUGAGUAAAGACAGAGUCAAAUUAGAGUGGAGUGGGUAUUACUAUUAUUCUUGUUAUUAUUUUUUUGUCUUGUCAUAUUUAUGAGAAAAUCUAGCACAUUCUUUGUGAACUGUACAGAGAAGAAGUCUCUGAAAAAUGUAGCUUGCAGAAAAACAUUUACAAUGUUGGUAUACUGUAUCUUUUUCCAGACUUCUUAUAUACAUUAUUUUUCUUUAUCACAUGUUUGGCAAUGAAGGAAUGUUUUGUUGUGUUCUUGAACAUACUAUUUAUUUUUAAUACUUGGAUUUUUUUUACAAUAAAUAUUUAUAUGCAUUUCAUUUCUAUGGUUAUUUUACAAAUGUGCACUUUUAAAUUAUGUGUUUGUACUGAUGAUACCGAGCCAUUCCUAAAACACGGUGUAAUCAACCUUCUCUUUCUGUUGAUUUUUAUAUUAGUUGAAAAAAAUUGCCCAAACCUGUGUACUAUUAAUGUGGUGUACAGUCAAGUAUUAAUGAGUGGUUUUUUGUUGGUCUUUAACCUUUUUUAAUGUUAAUCGUUUUAGGUUGGCAUUUACAUUAAAAGAACAGAACAAAACAAA